CGUCAGUAACAAAGUCGAAGUGAUACGAGUCGAAUCAGUUGGCCCGCGUUGUACCAUCGUUAGUAAAAGUUGUUGAUUUAUACGCCCACCGCCGUCGUACUAUAUGCUUUGUUGCACACACAAUUAUUUUUGACUGUUUGUUUGCUUCGUGAAACGAAAACGACGCUGCGAAGAUGAUGGCGGCCAGAAGGCAUUGGAAGUGCCCGACCCUGUUGUUAAUAACCGUCGUCCUCUGGUUGAACGCAGCCAAUUGCCAGCAGCAAACCGCUAGCAAUAUCAGCCGGAAGAAAUUAACUUGCCCCAACGCUUCACCCCCGAAAAAUGGCAAAAUUAAAUUGGGUUCGGGCGGCCGUGAAGCUAAGUACAGCUGCAAUCAAUAUUACGUCCUGGUCGGCCAAAACACGUCGACGUGUCUCCAGCAGGGCGAGUGGACAUCGGAGACUCCAGUCUGUGCCACUGACGGCUGCCAGUCCGUUCUGUCGCCUCCGUCGGGACGAUUCAUCCCCAGCGACGGAGGGGCCGUCACGAGACUCGAGUGCGAUCCGGGCUAUAGACCAUCCGGUUGGCCCUUGAUCUACUGUGUCGACAGAUUCGUCUGGAACGGAACAGCCCCCCAUUGCCAAGCCAACGGCGACGUGCAGCAGUUGGCGACGCGUUGCGACUUUGAGAGCCAAGACCUUUGCGGAUGGGUCCAGGACACGCGGACUGACGAGUUUGACUGGGCUUGGCGAAACGAUAACGGAACAUCGUCGUUUCACCUUGGAACCGGACCGUCGUUUGAUCACACUCUGGGCGAAGGAAAAGCCGGUCAUUAUCUAUUCAUCGAGUUUUCCAAUCGAGUCCUGAACGGUACGGCCCGCCUCUUCUCGCCCAUUUACGGCCCACCGAAAGCAUCCGCCACGGUCAACGAAGAAGUUUGUUUCUCUUUUUGGUUCCACAUGUACGGCAGCACAACCGGUCAACUUCAUGUCUACAUCAAACCGGAAAGUAAAAAAAUGUCGGAACUGAAGCCGGUCUUUAUCCGCUCUGGAGAUCAGGGCAAUCAUUGGCGUCAAGGUUACAUUUCGCUGGACACGGUCACUGAAAACUUCCAGGUUGUGAUUGAAGGCGUACGAGGAUCGGGUGACACCGGCGACUCGGCCAUUGACGACGUCCAGUUGACAAAGGGCGAGGAAUGUCUGGCAGCUCUGAAGAGAAUGAUGCCUGACACAGAAACAACGACCACCCAGCCGUCGAGCACGAUCCCACCGCCGUCUAACCCUACGACGGCGUCAACGACUAGUGUAUUAUUAAAUGGCGAUCCUCCCCAAGGGGGACUGCCUGCAGAUGAACAACCAGUCAUCACGGCCAAUCAGCAAUCAUCAUCAUCCGGUGCCAGCAUCCAAGUUUCAUUGCCAAAUUGGAUGAUUGUCGUCACCGUCGUAGUCGCCGCACUUGGCGACUCUUUAGCUCGUGAUGGUUGGUGUCGUCGUAGACUGUGAUCCAAUUAUGUAAAUCCAUCUCGGUUAGUUGGCGGAUAGACCCAAGCUGCGAUUGAGCCAUCCGGAUCAGCUGGGGAAGAGACAAAAGUCUAUUUUAGUUGGGUAUAUUAACACUUAAAAACCACGCACACAUUACAUAGCGACACUACCACGUGCUACAUUAGGAUACUAUAUCACUACACCAUACACAUUUCACGGUAAAAGUGUAAAUGUGUGGACACACAAAUACAAUAAUGCAGGUGUCACAUGCAAAUCUUCCACAAGA